UUGAGAAGAGUCGUUGGGAAGAGCCUGAUGGAGAACCAAAGUGUCUCUGAGUUCAUCCUGUUGGGGUUCUCCAUCAGCCGCCAAGGAGAGCUUCUCCUCGCCUUCCUCUUUUUGGCUUUGUACGUUGCAACUUUGGUGGGUAACAUGACCAUCCUCUACAUUGUGUCUGUGGACAAGCGUCUCCACAUUCCUAUGUACUUCUUUCUUGGCAACCUCUCCGUGCUAGAUAUCUGCUUCACCUCAGCCAUCAGCCCACAGUUGCUGUGGAACCUUUUUUCUGAGGACCGGUCCAUCUCCUUUGCAGGUUGCAUUACCCAAUGCUAUUUCUAUUUCUUCUUGGGCACGGUGGAGUUCCUCCUGUUGACCUCCAUGUCCUAUGACCGCUAUGCUGCCGUCUGCAAGCCUCUGCAGUACCAUGCCAUCAUGAACAGCCAAGUGUGCAUCCAGAUGGUGCUGGGUUGCUGGGUGGGUGGGUUCCUCUUUGUCCUCUUUCCCACCAUCAUGACUAGCAGGCUAUCAUAUUGCAAAUCCAACAUUAUCAACCACUUCUUUUGUGACAGUGGUCCUCUGUUGGUUUUGUCAUGCAGUGACACCCGUUUCAUAGAGCUUAUGGACUUUGUCCUCUCAUCCUUGGUCAUCCUUUGCUCAUUGCUCGUAACAUUGAUUUCCUAUAUGUAUAUUAUCUCGGCAGUCAUGCAUAUCUCUACUACACUGGGCCGGGCAAAAGCCUUCAACACCUGUGCCACACAUCUGACCAUCAUCGCCAUCUCCUGCAGCAUCAGCAUCUUCAUCUAUGUCACACCUUCCCAGAAAGAGACUCUAGACAUUCACAAAGUGCCCGCUGUUCUCACCACGAUUGUCUGCCCCUUUCUGAACCCUGUGAUCUUCACUUUGAAAAAUGAUAUGGUGAAGCAGGCAUUAACAGAUGUGUUGAGAUGAAGCAGGAGACUCAUUGAUCAAAA